AUGAGCCAUUCAGUCUCCAAUGCCAACAGGUUGCUUCAAGACAUAAUGACAGGGUACAAUCGCCUUCUGCGUCCCGUAGAAAACACUAGCGACGUUGUCUCUGUCAAGGUCAAAAUACGGCUGUCGCAGCUUCUAGACGUGGUAUGGGUCGACAACACCUUAAGGUGGAAUCCUCAAAAUUAUGGAGGUGUUAUGCAGCUGUACAUUCCGGCCAAUCAAAUAUGGACUCCAAAUAUCGUUCUUUACAAUAAUGCGGAUGGAAAUUACCAAGUCAGUGCUGUCACGAAGGCAGCUGUUUAUUACAAUGGCACUGUUGUGUGGGAACCUCCUGCAUUGUACAAGAGCAUGUGUCCAAUUGAUAUAGAAUGGUUUCCAUUCGACGAACAGCUAUGUGAUUUGAAAUUCGGUUCUUGGACAUACGAUGGCUUCGAAGUAGACUUAGUGCAUUACGAUGCCGAGAGAGUGUCGGUGUCAGAGGAGAACGGCAAAAUGGUGUGGACGGUGUCAAAUGGAGUAGACUUGUCUGAUUUCUUGCCCUCAACGGAAUGGGACGUAAUGGCGGUCCCUGUGAAGCGCCACGAGGAACGUUAUGAAUGCUGCAGGGCGCCGUACAUCGACAUAACCUUCUAUAUUCACCUGCGGCGCCGAACUCUGUUUUAUAGCGUCAAUCUGAUCAUCCCGUGCAUUGGCAUAUCGUUUCUGACAAUAUUGGUUUUCUACCUACCGAGUGAUUCCGGAGAAAAAGUCACACUCAGCGUUUAUAUUCUAAUAUGCUUGACGAUGUUCUUCAAUUUGCUUGUAGAGAUUAUUCCUAGCACCAGUCUGAUCAUUCCUAUGAUUGGAAAAUACCUCCUCUUCACCAUGGUAAUCGUGACCCUGAGCAUCGCAGUUACCGUAGUGACGCUGAACAUUCAUCAUCGAUCGCCAAGUACUCAUCGAUUUUCCAUGUGGAUCCGGAAGAUAUUUUUAGAAAUACUGCCAAAAUUUCUUAUGAUGCGC